GUUUCAUUUCGAAUCCCAAACCCAAAAGCGUGUCCUUUUUUAACUUCAAACACAAUCCCAUAUCAAAUAAAAGACCCCUCUCCCACUCUCUCAUUUUCAAAACCUACAAUCCAAUGAAGAAAAUCCCAACACCUCCACUCUUUUCUUUUCUUAUCACUCUAAUAGUAAUAUUCUCACAUGGUGCAACAUCAAUCUCCCAACAAUUUAGGGAAGCCCCCCAAUUCUACAAUGCUCCCACAUGCCCCAAACUGGGACAGGAGGAGGCAGCGCAGUUGGUUCCAGAUGGGCAGAUUUGCUCAAGCGAGGCAGUCCACGUGGCAAUGACCCUCGACGCCGCCUACCUCCGCGGCUCGAUGGCCGCCAUCCUGUCCACACUCCAACACACCUCCUGCCCUCAAAACGUCUUCUUCCACUUCGUCGCCUCUGCCUCCGCCAACGCCUCCCUCCUAAGCUCCACCGUCGCCGCCUCCUUCCCGUACCUCAGUUUCCAAAUUUACCCCUUCCGAGACUCCGCCGUGGCGUGGCUCAUCUCCACCUCCAUCCGCUCCGCCCUCGACUGUCCCCUCAACUACGCCCGGAGCUACCUCGCCGACCUCCUCCCCCUCUGCCUCCGCCGCGUCGUCUACCUAGACUCCGACCUCAUCCUCCUCGACGACAUUUCAAAACUCGCCGACAUCCCGCUCACCGGCGGGAAGGUCCUCGCCGCGCCGGAGUACUGCAACGCCAACUUCACCUCCUACUUCACCCCAACGUUCUGGUCAAGCCCUUCCCUCUCCCUCACCUUCGCUAACCGGAAGCCCUGCUACUUCAACACGGGAGUGAUGGUCAUCGACCUCGAGAAAUGGCGCGGCGGCGGAUACACGGCGAGGAUCGAGGAGUGGAUGGAGGUGCAGAACCACAGAUGGAACCAGCACGGCCUCGGAGGGGACAACUUCCGAGGCCUGUGCCGCGAGCUUCAUCCGGGGCCAGUGAGCCUGCUGCAUUGGAGCGGGAAGGGGAAGCCGUGGGCCCGCCUCGACGCCGGCUGCCCCUGCCCGCUCGAUGCGCUAUGGGCGCCUUACGAUUUGCUCAAACCUCCCUAUUCCUUCGAUUCUUGAAAAUCAUUCUUUUUUUUUUUAUUUUUUUGCUUUCAACUUGUGCAUAUUAAAUUAAUAUCAUCGGAAAUGUAUACAUAUUGGAUGAGGUUUUGUGUUUGUAAUUAUAUGUUAUAGAUACAUUUUAUGAUCAUUAAUUCCAAAAAGUUGGAUUAUCUCAUCUUCAAA